UGUACGAGUUACAUGCCAUUGUACAGUCUUGUAUUGUAUGAUGACAAUAAUAAAUCAUUGAAUCCUUUCAUCUUUUAAUAUAGAUCUGAGAAUUACGACUUUCUCUGAAGCCCGUGAACGCGGCUCAGUGGUACAGGCGCGUCAGGGCUCUCUGGCGCCGCCCCUCCCUCAGACAUGCAUGUUGUACUGUAGUCUCGCAUUUUCACACUCGUCUCUGUUUAUAUUUGUAAAAAACGGGGCAUUUUGACAAGAAGUGACACUUCAGCGUGCAGAAACAGAAAAACACGAACUCCUCCAACAACAUUUGUACCCGCUGGACGCUCUUGAAGGUAGCAGAGAUGUCGUCCGUGUGGCAGCAGGAACCGUCGGGCUACUCGCCCUGCGUGGAGAUCGACUCCAGCUCCGUGAGGUGCAAAGACAGACUCACGUCUCCGGUGUGGCUGAAGCAGGAACAGGACGACCUCCGCAUCAUCAAGUGGGAGAACUUUCAGACGGGGCCUUCAGCUGACGCUGUUCAGGACAACACGCCCAGCAGCGCCAUGUCUGCUGGUUCACAUGUAGAAAGCCUGCCCCCGCGGGUGCUGCUGACCAUCACCAAGCUCCAGUGCAUGCUGGAGAGCAAACAGGAGCGCAUCGCCGCCCUGGAGAGGCAGGUGGAGGACCUGAUGCAGGACCGCAAGUUCCUCAGGAGCCAGAUCGAAAACCUCACAAGUAACCGCGGCAUUCCAACGUUUGCAUCCCCCAGCCCACACACCGAAGCUCCUAAAUCCAGCAAAGUGCAGCACUCAGAAAACAAAUCUCGGAAGAGAGAAAGAGCUUCGUCCUGUUCCUCGGACAGCAGCGUCAGCGGCUCCGAGGCGUCCGAAUCGUCUGAAGUGUCAGCGGCUUCGAGUGAACACAGGAGGAAGAAACACCACAAGGACAAGAAAAGGUCAAAGAAAGGGAAGGACUACAGCAGGAAGAGAGCCACCGGCGUCCAGUACGUCAUCCACCGCUACAAACAAGUCCUGUCAGCCUUCAUCAAGAAGAAGAGCAUGAGCGAAGCCUUCCGCCAUCUUGGAAUCGACCGGAACACCAUCGCCAACACGGCGUCCAUCGCCGAGCUCCACCUGGCCGGCAAAGACAUGGUCCCCCUGGUGGGCAUGUUCCGCCAGGGAGAGGAGACUCUGGUCAGCUACGCCCACAGGUGCACCCUGGUGAUCGACAGCGACGCCGACCUGUCCAGGAAAAUAGACCAAAUGAAAGCUAACGGCGAGCUGCUGCCCAUCUCAGGGAAACGGCCCAGGGUGCUGCACUCUCACCUGCAGCAGCUGGGGGGCGCCGCAGAGAGCAUUUUAAUAGGUUAAUGAUUGUUUCAUUGCAAGGAGAAGGGGUGAGGAAUAUGGAAGCCCAUUUCUGCCAAUGUAAUGGGAAAAAAAGAUGCUAUGAGUCGUUAAUGAUAAUUGUUUUUAAAUAAUGACUUAAUAUCUCAAAUUAAUGACUUAGUUUCUCAAAAUAAUGACAAAGUAUCUUUUGAGAAAGUCAUUAUAAUGAGAAACAUUCCCAAAAUAAUGUAGUUUCUCAAAAUAACGACAAAGUUUCUCUAAAUAAUAAGAAACUUUCUCUAAAUAACAACUUAGUUUCUCAAAAUAAAGACUUGGUUUCUCAAAAUAAUGAGAAACUUUCUCAAAAUAAUGAGAAACUUUCUCAAAAUAAUGACUUAGUUUCUCAAAAUAAAGACUUAGUUUCUCUAAAUAAUUUUUUCUUUUACUUGCUGAAAUAGGCUCCCAUAUAAAACACAAUGCCUUCACAAAAUCAUAUUCUUCUGUUUGUUUCCCCCUCAAUCUGAACUGCUGGUUCAUGUAGCAUUCUUUAUUUUAUUUUUGCAUUUCUUAAAGCUGAUGUAAGGCUCCACAUAAACACAUUCAGUAUGUUUAUUUUGUACGUAAUAGCCAUAAAAAGUGAUUUGCAGCUGCUGUUGACUAAUGGACUUUUAUUAUUUAAGAGCAGGAGUGUGUGUAGUGUUAGAAACCACCACAAGAUGGCAGUGCUCCCAUAUGACAUUAUGUUUACAAGACUCUUGUCAUUUACUCCAAAAUGGUGGAUAGUCAAUUUCCAUUUUCCAGCACCUUGUUUUUGUUGGAGGUGAAACUUUCUGUUAAUUGACUUUGUUGACUUUAUCCUGUGAUUUAUGAUGCUGUAACUGAACUGAGCGAUUUAAAAGUGUGUUAAUGUUUCUGAACUGCCAACAAAUGAAAAGAAAACUGUUUGUUCAUACAAAGA